UUAAUUGCAGCAAUAGCAAUUACAAAUAAACUUUUUAGUUUCAUCAGACAAAAUUGUUACAAUUUAGAAAGCUGCUCUCAUGAAUGACUAUGAGCCAGUGUACUGAGCUGUGUCACACAACAACAAGCUGUUGGGUACAUAGCAACCAGCUACAGCAGCACACCAAAAUAAAAAUGAAGACUUUGGUGUGUGUUAGUGACUAUGAAACAGAAGCAUACAGAAUCUUGCCUCAAAAUGCUCUUGACUACUACCGGUCUGGAGCCAUGGAAGAAAUUACUCUUCGAGAAAACAAAGAGGCAUUUAAUCGCUGCUGGAAAAAUUGGAACAGCCUUCACCCUGAGUACUAUUGCAACUACCAGCAUUGAAGAGAUAGCUGAAAAGGCACCUGAUACUCUGCGAUUUUUUCAACUGUAUAUAUACAAGGACAGGAAAAUAACAACUAAUCUUGUGCGAAGGGCUGAAACUGCUGGUUUUUCGGCGCUGGUUCUAACAGUUGAUGCCCCACAGUUUGGCCUUCGACGGGCAGAUAUUAGGAACAAGUUUACACUUCCUCCACAUCUCAAGAUGGCAAAUUUCGAGACGGAUGAUGACAAAUCUAACCUGGUGAACACAUCUGCAGGAGGUUCUGGAAUUAAUGAAUAUGUAAAGUCUCUUUUUGAUCCUUCCCUAACCUGGGAUGAUGUUACAUGGCUUAAAAGAAUCACAAACCUGCCUAUUGUGCUCAAAGGAAUCCUGACAGCUGAAGAUGCUGUUCUAGGACUGAAGGUUGGUGCAGCUGGAAUAUGGGUAUCAAAUCAUGGAGCACGCCAAGUUGAUGGAGUGUCACCAACGAUUGAAGUGCUACCAGAUAUAGUGAAAGCUGUCAAUGGUCAGUGCGAAGUCUACAUUGAUGGAGGAUUCUCUCAAGGAACAGAAAUUUUCAAGGCCUUGGCUCUUGGGGCACAAAUGGUAUUUCUUGGUCGACCUCUACUGUGGGGUCUAGCAUGUGGAGGAGAAGAAGGAGCAUACAAAGUCCUAGACAUAUUGCACAGUGAGUUAGACUCUGUCAUGUCUCUAUCAGGUUGUUCUACAGUGAAAGAUAUUACAGGAGACAUGCUUAUUCGCAAGGAGUAUUAUGCACGACUGUGAAUGUUUUUAUUUUUUAGUGUAAAAGGCAAAAAUGGCAUAAACUUAAAGUUCACAGUAAAUACAUAUGUAUCUCUUAAAGAUUUGAAGAUAUACAGCAAUGUUGUGCUAAGCUGUGAACAUACCGAUAUAUUUUAUAACAACUGCCCUAUAACAAAAUGUAACUGAAAGCAUGCAAAAUACCAACUUAUCUAGAACAGUAUAGUACAGUACAUAUUUCUUGGUGGAAAACUCUCAAUUUCAUAUGACUAUUUACAUAUUAAGUUCAUUAUUAGCAAUCACCUAUGUGUAAUUACCUAGGUGCUGUUAUAGAAUGAGAGCUAUGCUAGUGGUGUCCUUCCUGUCUUCCCAGUACUCCUUGUCACAUGACACUUUAAAACUUCUGGUGGUUUUGGCCUCGACCACCACCUCACUUAACUUGUUCCAACCAGUCACUCUUUGCAAAAGUGAAUUUUCUAUUUUUUUCAGCAGCAUUGUUUCCUUAGUUUGAACGUAUGUCCUCUUGUUUUUGACGUUGCAAUUUUAUAAAUUGUCAAUUCCUGUUACUAUGUUGUAUUUUGUGAUCAUCUCUUCUUUUUCUUCUAUCUUUCUGCUCUGGUAUAUUCAACACCUCUAACCUCUCCAAUUAGCUUUUUUUUUUUUUUUUUUUUCUGGAAGCCAUUUAGUUGCAUGUCUUUGCACCUUCUCCAAUUUAUUGAUGUGAUUUUGAGAUAUGGGCACCAUACAACCGCUGCAUAUUCCAAUUGUGGUCUUACGAAUGUUGUGAACAAUUUAUUUAAUUAAUAUUUCACCAUCAACAUAUUUAUAAACGCUUCUAAAGUUGGAAAGCGUAGCAUACGCUCCUCGCACAAUUUCUUUAUGUGGUCCUCAGGUGACAAUUCUUUAUCCAGAACCAUUCAGAUAUCUCUUUCUUUAUCAGUAUUCUCUAAAAAAAAAUUCACACAAUUUAUUGGUUGCAUAUGACCUAUUAUCUCCUAUUUUACAUUCCAUAAGAUGGCAUUUAUUCAUAUUAAAUUCCACUUGCCAAGUGUUACUCCAUACAUUUAUUUUGUCCAGGUCUUCUUGUAGGGCAUGACAAUCUUCUAAAGGGCAUCUUAUCUUCCCUAGUAGCUUGGCAUCAAGAGCAAACAUAUUCAUAUAAUUCUGCAUUCAUUCUGGUAGUUCAUUUAUAAUAAUAAAUAUUACUAGUGCUAGAACUGAACCCUGCAAUACUCCACUAGUAACAUUUCUCCAGCCUGAUACAUUGCCUCUGAUUAUCACCCUCCUUUUUCUGUCAGUUGUAAAAUUUUCAUCCAUGUUCGGUAUGGAUGUAGUUUCCAAAACUUCUUAAAUGGGACUGUGUAAAGUUUUUUUUAAUUCAGAUAAAUGCAGUCAACCCAUACACAUCUUUCCUGUAAAAUCUCUGUGGCUUUAUCACAAAAUCUGAGUAAGUUUGUCACAUGGGAUUUUCCUGUUUGAAAACCAUACUGUUAUUGUAUAAUUUCUCUCCAGGGGUUCUGUCCAUUUGAUUUUAACUAUUUGUUUUAAUGUUUUGACUACAAUGAUUGUAAACAAUACAUGUGUAUAAUUAACACUUUGAACUGCCCCAUGCGCACCCCAGCUAUUAUUGUAUAAUUUCUCUCCAGGGGUUCUGUCCAUUUGAUUUUAAUUAUUUGUUUUAAUGUUUUGACUACAAUGCUUGUAAACAA